AUGUCGACAUACAACAACUUUUACCAGGGUACGCGGACCUUUUGGAAGGCGGCCGCUACCCCGGGGUCGGGAACACAGGCUCCCGAGCCUCGUGAGUUUGAAGCAAUCGGUGAGUUGCCCAACUCUAACUUUCUCCCACCUGCCGAGCAGAGCAAGGUGACCCCUGUCUACCCGAGUCCCCCACUUUUCGCGGCUACAGACAUUGAGCUUAGCGUGAAGUGGGGAAUUCAGGAUUACGAUACGAUCGUGGACAGGGACGUCGGGAGGAGGGUGACACGGAAAGUUGCGCAGGCGAUUCGCGAAGGGGCUAUGAUCCCCAACGUUGAGAGCCUGUUGUACCGUGGUCACCGAAGGAUGCGCGGGGGUACGCCCACGGCGUCCCACCCAGGCACGACACCAGAUGUCACAGUGCCGUCAGCCAGGUCUGAGAUCGCCGUUGAGGCUGAUACUCGACCUGAGGACGACUCUGAAGAGGACGAGACGACGGAAGUCAGUACUCUCCUCUAUUCAGAGGAUGUCCAGCUCGCAGCAGAAGGCGACGGCAUCGGAGGACAUGAUGCCGUAGAGGGGGACUUGGGAGCGGACGAAAGCGCUUCGGUCUCCUCUGACCAAUGGAAGGUGGUACGGGCGCGACGCAGCCCAGAGCCACAAACCACGGACAUUCUGCCCGUGGUAACUCGCUACUUUCCGUCCUGGUUCGAUCUUUGCGACUUCGAGGACCAGCUCGGUCCUAUCCCGACUGAUUGGUCAAGUACCACGGCCGGGAGCCCUAUUCUCCCUGAGGUUCAAGUUAGCAGUGGGGGGACCUCGCUGCUGGACGAGUUCUGGCAGGAGGUGGACUCUAGCGACGAGGACGGCGCAUUGCAGCGCGCGAUAGCCGACUCCAUUCGUACGGCCGAAGCAGAAGUCACUAGGCGUACAGGCAUAGAAUCUAGGCCUUUGGAAGUCAUGGCGACCUUAGUGGAAGUGAUCUCUGAAGAGGAGAAGGAGCCCGAGGCUCCAACUGGCCAGAGCGGCCGGUACACUUCUAAACAAAAAGGGAAGCAUGUACCACGUACCUCGCAGCAGCGUGAAUUCCUUAAGCAAUUUGUUAGCAGGCACACUAGGAGGAGUGCUACUCCGGCGCCGGAGCGAUCAGAUAAGAAGAGUUCAGAAUCGAAACCUGUCAAGACAGGUCCUGCCCGGUUCAAAAGGGAGUCUUCCCAAGUGCCUGAUGGAGGAUGGUUCCGGGAUAGCACCAGGGGCGGAGGGCGUGGACCUCCGAGUUCCCCAUCAGAUUCCAGCUCGGACGACUCGGAAAGCUCUAGCUCGAGUUCAGAUAAAAGGCAAAUCGUCGGCGGAGAAAAGGCACCGCAAGAAGCAGAAGCAUCGGACUAA